UGUUUAAUACUGUUUUAACUUUUAAAUCAUUAUUUUGUGAUUUGCCACUAUUUUUCCCGUUCUCCAUUUUCCAAUUUAUUCCGUAUUGUUUUUUAGUUUCCGGAUCUCUUCAGGUUUGUUGUUGAUAAAUUAAAUGGACACGGGUCACACGGGCCAGAUUGUCAUCUGACAUCCACGACAUUCGCGCCCGCCGGACCAGCAAAUGCUCGCUGCUGAUGAAAUCUCUGCACAGUCCGUUGCGCUCAUCGCCGCGAGCCAAAACUGGACGAUCCACGACGCGCUCACCUUCCACCGCGCGCAGCUCUCCCGCAGCUUCCCCGCGCUUUUUUCCGCCGGGUGGGCAUUUUCGCGGGGGCCUGUGGCAUCUUUUACAUGUGGCAUCUGUCCAGUUUGUUUGAAAAUGAUCGGCUCUUCUGUCUUUUCGCAUUUAUCGCAGCUGGAACGGGAAAUGACAUUCCGUACGGAACAAGGACUGUAUUAUUAGUUUUACAAACGCAUUGUGGAGGCGCCGAGCUUUUCCAACAGCGUGAUGGAGAUUAUAUGCACGACACCAGCACGGAAUAUCCCAACAAAGUCAACUUCAUUAAUCGCUGCAUUCUUUAUCCGGAAGAAGGUUUUUCUGGCCGGCGUCUACCGCAUCUACUCCACCGUCACCCGAUGUCCUCGACAUAACCACCGUGCCGUGUUUCCGCGUCAACCGCAGGGCCGGACACUCGUCGGCGACGGCCUGCACGGGUCUGGGAGAUCUCUUUUACCUGUAAUUACUGGGAGUGUUCGGUCUGAACGGUCUGCCGUUGGGCGUCCUCUUUUUGACCGGCUGGCUGCUCAGCGAGAGCGUCGGCGGCGGCGUCAUCACACUGCACUGUGCUUCCUGUUCUACCACGGGGGAAGCCACGCGGGUCAUGUGGACGCCGCCGCUGCGCGAGAGCUUCGGCUAUCCCUUCUUCGUCAUGGAGAUGAUGGCCGUGGCGUAUCUGGUGAAGACGGGCUCUCGCAGCUGGCAAAUGAACGCGCUGGUGGGCGUGACGUCGGGGCUGUUUAUUCUGCAGUGGCAGUUGGCUCCCUUUAUCCCUUUCGCAGACCGGCGUCCUGCUCUUCCUCUUCACCGCCUGCUACCGGAAGUACGCCCUCCUGGAGUUCUUCUUCCUUUUGACGGAAUUCUUUGCCGUCCGCAAGGUGCAGCUGGCCGAACGUUUCGGCUACAUGACGUGCUGGCGGAUGGCCGAGUUUAUCGGGUGUGUGCUGCUGGUGCCGGUGUGGAUGAUGCGCAUAUCAGGCAGAUUGUCCGGGCCGGAUUCACCAGCUGGAAGAAUUUCCAUACCAUGCUGUAUAUGUGCGCGCCGGAGUUUGAUUUUAUUGGAGAGCGGGCUGCGCGGUGCCGGAGACGUAGGAUGUGGAGGCGCCGGCGCGCCGACUACGAAGCGUGCUGCUGGCGGGUGGCCUCCGAUCCUUAUCCCUUACGCGGAUGCACGGGAACGACGUCUACGAGAUCCUCUAAGUGUGAAGAACGCCCGCACUGUGAAUGGAUGCCCUAGUCUCUUAACUCCGUUGAUCGCGGAAUGUGUUUUUUUAUAAUGAAUUUUCUUGCCGGUUUUUUGCAGCG